AUUUAAAUUUUCUAAUAAUUUUGCUGAUUUUCUCUUUCAACUGUUACGAGUCGAUUUUGACCCAAAGAAAGCUAUUCGUUUCUUCUAUUGCCUUUUUAAUGUCGUUGAAACUAUAGAAUUGAAAUUCCACUCCUUUUCCCUAAUUUCACACUCCAUAAACAAGAUUUUCUAAGAAUUUGGGUUCCACGCCAAGCCGAGAGAGAAGCAAGCAAACAAACGAAAAGUAAAAGAAAAAGAAAAAAGAAAUAAAAAACGAAAAAACAGAGGUUUGAUUCUCUCGUGGUGUGGUGUUAUUCUGAUUGUUUUCAUUGCCUUAGGGUUUUGGAGAAAUGAAAUCUCCGCUUGGUAAGUUAAGAGGAUUUAAGCUUCAUAAGAGCGACACUAAGGACAAAAGGGACCUUUUACCUUCUGCUCAGUUGGAUGAGCUCGCUCAAGCUGCUGAGGACAUGCAAGACAUGAGAAAUUGCUACGACAGCUUACUUUCUGCUGCUGCUGCUACAGCAAACAGUGCAUAUGAAUUCUCGGAGUCACUGCAGGAAAUGGGUUCUUGUCUACUGGAGAAAACUGCACUACACGAUGAUGAACAAAGUGGCCGAGUUUUGCUAAUGUUGGGAAAAGUGCAGUUCGAACUUCAAAAACUUGUUGAUAGCUAUCGCUCUCAUAUAUUCUUAACAAUUACAAAUCCAUCGGAGUCUCUUCUCAAUGAACUUCGUACAGUUGAGGAUAUGAAGCGACAAUGCGAUGAAAAAAGAAAUGUCUAUGAAUACAUGGUGGCACAACAGAAAGAAAAAGGGAAGUCAAAGAGUGGGAAAGGUGAAAGUUUUACAUUGCAGGAACUGCGAACAGCUCAUGAUGAAUAUGAUGAAGAGGCAACCCUGUGCGUUUUUCGUUUGAAAUCCUUGAAACAAGGGCAGUCCCGGAGUCUUCUUACACAAGCAGCCCGUCACCAUGCAGCUCAGUUGAAUUUCUUCCGAAAGGGACUCAAAUCACUUGAAGCAGUUGAUGAUCAUGUAAAAAUUGUUGCAGAACAGCAACAUAUAGAUUACCAAUUCAGUGGACUUGAAGAUGAUGGCAGGGAAGAUGGUGAAGAUGAUGAUGACAUUGGCGAUGCAAAUGAAGGGAGGGAACUGAGUUUUGACUACAGAGAAAACAAGCAGGGGCAUGAUGUUAUUUCUGCAUCAAGGAAUUCAAUGGAGGUGGAUGAUGAAGACCUUUCUUUUCCCCAAGCUUCUUUCACAGAGAAUGCAGAGUUAAAUCCAGACAAAAGCCAAGGAGGUCUCCAGGCAUCGCUUAGAGAACCCCGACCAGGCAGCCAUUCUGCACCAAUAUUUCCAGAAAGAAAGUCUGAUCCAAUUGAAAGGAUAAGACUGAUGCAAUCAUCAGCAAGGAAGUCUAACACGUAUGUGCUGCCCACACCUAUUGAUGCAAAGAGUCCAAUCUCUUCAAGAACAAGUGGUUCAGUUGCCAACACAAGGCCCUCAGACUUCAGUGGACGCACCCACAAUUUAUGGCAUUCUUCUCCAUUGGAACAGAAGAAGCACGAGAAAGAUCCUGGUGACUAUCACUUGUCAGAAUUAACUGCCUUAAAAACACGUUCAGCACAUAAAGACAGCAGCAUUAACAGCACCUCCACGCUCUUACCUCCUCCUUUAGUGGAAGGAAUUUCACUUCCACAUCUCGAUAUGUACAAUGCAUCUGACAACAAAAAAAUUAAACGGCAAUCUUUCUCCGGUCCUAUAACUAGUAAGCCAUGGUCAACAAAGCCUGCUUUAUCUGCCAGUGGUCCCAUCUUCUCCAAUGAACUUCCCCAACAAGUUUCCGGAGUGCCUUCUCGUGUGACAAUUCCUCAGAAUACAUCUCCUAAAGUAUCCCCAACUGCUUCACCUCCCCUUGCAUCUUCACCUAGAAUAAGUGAGCUUCAUGAGCUCCCAAGGCCACCGGGUAAUUUUGUCACUAAGCCAGCAAAAUCAUCAGCACCAGUUGGUCACUCAGCUCCAUUGGUCAGAAAUCCUGAACAUUCUGGAACAAUCAGGGUAUCUUCUGGAGUAACAAAUUUGGCAUCACCUCUUCCAAUUCCACCUUUGAUUGUCCCUCGGAGUUUCUCUAUACCCUCCAGCAGCCAAAGAGCAAUGACGAUACAUGUAUCCAAGUCUGUAGAGUCUUUGCAAAUGCCAGACAAGACUGAAGAAGUUGAUUCUCCACCAUUGACACCUAUCUCCCUUGCAAACCUCAAAACAGCAUCUACCAUAUCUGAAAUUAUUCCUCAUUCCGGUCAAAUUAGAGGUGGGAGCUGAUAAUAUUCUUGAGCAGAUGAAAUCUCGGAUUUUCUUUUCUUUUUUUGGUUUUCUCUGAAACUGCUUAACGUUAUUUGUUGUUUCUUUUUCUGGGUCUCAUGGUGUAAAUAGAAUGUUUUAUGCUCUCUUUAGUUUCUCAUCCCAAUUUUUGUUCAUCCUGUGAUUUAUCAUCAUGAUGAGAACUAAGCUCCACAUAAUUGUGCAUUAUUACACAUCUUGUAUAUCAUCAAUUAAGAAAUUUUGUUUUUGGUUCUA